CCACAAAAGUUCGCUGUUUUGAUAAGAAUAUAUUAAUCAGACAACUACUGUAUUCUUUGCUAACUACACUAAUGACAGGCACUGUUCUAAAAUAUGCUCUUGUCUUUUGUUGCAGUGUGACAGCUGCUCCAUUUUUACCAAGUCAUCCACCAAAAGUGCACGAGGUAAUGCGGAACCCAACAUUUUAAAAAUUAAAUAUUUAUAUUAGAUAUUUCGAUAAAAAGUAACUCAUUUUCAAAUUUCCAUGUGAACAUUAAGAUUUUUGCUCAAGAGAAAUAUAAGAAUACUUCAAAAAUAUCAUCUCGUAAAAUCAAGAUGUGAGUUGUUCAAAGGCAAGGUCUGACGUGUACAAUCUGACAGACAUUUGCCCGGCAGAACAUUCAGCUGACAGAACAUUCAGCCGACAGAUAUUUCCCUGAAUGGGCCAGCCUCUUGUGUCGGACUAAUGUUCUAUCGACUAAAUGUUCAGCCAUGAUUCUAACAUAGAGUUUAUUUCAGGUUCCACGUCAUGCAAGCGAAGCUCACCUGCUAGCCCAAAGACAAGCACUUGAGGUAGGAUAUUAUGAUUAUCAGGUCAAAAACGCAUUGAUGAAAAUCAUAACUGCUGAAUUGAUGAAAAGUUUGUUAUGAUAUGGUUCAACUCAACCAGUUAUUAUAUUUUAUCCUCGGUUGCCUCAAUGUCUGUAUAAUGUAAUAAUGAAUGUCUCAAAAAUACCUCCUACUUUAAAAUAUCCCCUUCCCUUAACAAUGUUGACAAAUUGCCUUUAAAACGUUGGGGACAAAAGCCUGAAGUUAAUUGAUUACGUCUUCCCAAAAUUUCGAUCUAUUUUAUUAAUAGUUUUGUUCACAAUUGUAAUAGUCUUGUGUGUUUGUCUGCUGGCUGCUCACCAUACAACAAUUGUAAUAUUACUUUCCUAACUACUGUAUGUUUAUCCUAACCCAUCCUGCCAACUUUUCCUGUGGAAGGAAACUGGAGUCCGUUGCGAGAAUCUCACGGCCUCAGAGGUGAAAGGCGCUUCGUCUGAUGACUGCGCCACCGAAGCUACAUUAGCCCAGUGAGCUCUAUAUAUACCUGGAGUAAGAAAUUCGGUCAAUGAGAAAAGUGAAGCCAAGAUGGCGGCCAUUGACGUCCAAUAGCUCUGAAGGUCGUAAACAGUUUUUAUACCAUUUUCCCAAGCUAAUUCCAGUUUUUUCUAAUGGACCGUAUCACUAAUCAAGUUUUCAGUUCAUAAAAUCCCAAUAUUAUUCUUUAAAUUGAAGUCAAAAUACGAAACACUUUCAACACACUCCUUGCCAAGAUGGCGGAAAUUGAAGGAGCUCUCGGACGUCAGUUCCAGUCCCUUUCUAUUGUUUUUGUAUGCGCGGUUAACACGAAACUGGCUUCACUUUGAGCAACCAAGUUCCCACUCCAGAUAUAUAUGGAGCUCACUGCAUUAGCCAUUCCGAAGUUGAUGAGAGGACUGGGGACGAGUGUUAAAAAGUGCCCAAAUUAAGAAAUGAACCAAACCACUAAAAAGAUCACCUCAAAAUUAGCAAGUAUACAAAGUUUGAAGAGGUUUACAUGAAUACCCUUCAAAUAAUAAGCUUUCGAAAAUCGCGAUAUUUACUAUGAAAUGCACUGUAAUUUUUGUUUGGGGGGACGCGCGUCCCAAAAACCGUCUUUUAAUCAGUAAUUUCACAAUUUUCGAAAGCUUAUUGUUCGAAAGGUAUUCAUGUAAACGUCUUCAAACUUUGUAUACUUAAUACUCAUUUUGAGGUGAUCCUUUUAGUGAUUUGGGCACUUUUUAACACUCGUCUUCAGUCCACUCAUCAACUUCGGAAUGGCUAAUUGCGCCACCGAAGUCCCGUACUGCGCCACCGUAGUAGCCCCUAUUGAUAAAAAUUCUUUCAAUAUUUUAGUAUGCAAAUUCCAUUUCGUGGGGUUAUUUCAUCACUCAAGAUUCUCUACAUGGCAAUUUGAUCUUACCUGUGAUACCAAGAUUUGAACAAGACUGAAGAACAUUACAUAGUUGAAAUACAAGAAGAGCUUCUUCUUGGGUGUGGGUUGCGUGCGUAUGGCGUGUGAGACCUGGAGAUAACUGUCAGACAUGCGUGGUGUAUACUGCCACUCUGGAAAUAAUGCCAAGAUUGUAAAAUUAACUGCAAAAGCUGGAGUUUUACGCUGAAUUCAGUUGCACUCAAUGCAUGUUACCUGUUUUGCGACAACUUGCAAUAAUGGUGGCAUCUGGUAUAUCCAUGGAAUAUAUUAAUAAAAUUGACCAGAAAAAUAAAAC